AACUUAACAUCUUUUAAGUUUCUGGGGAAAAAUGAAGAUGGCAAAGGAAGGUGCCCCUUUGACCCUGCACACAGCUACACAUCCAUCAUGGUUGACGGAGAGCUUUACUCUGGAACAUCGUAUAACUUUUUGGGAAGCGAGCCCAUCAUCUCCAGAAACUCUUUCCACAGAUCUCUGAGGACAGAGUAUGCGAUCCCGUGGCUGAACAAGCCUAGCUUUGUCUUUGCUGAUGUUAUCCGAAAAAGUCCAGACAGCACCAAGGGCGAGGAUGACAGGGUCUACUUCUUCUUUACGGAGGUGUCUGUGGAAUACGAGUUCGUUUUCAAAUUAAUGAUUCCCCGCAUCGCAAGGGUGUGCAAGGGGGACCAGGGUGGCCUGAGGACCUUGCAGAAGAAGUGGACCUCCUUCCUGAAGGCCAGGUUGAUCUGUGCCUGGCCAGACAGUGGCCUCAUCUUCAACAUACUGCAAGAUGUCUUCGUGCUGCGGGCCCCAGGCCUCAAGGAGCCUGUGUUCUACGCACUCUUCACCCCACAGCUGAACAACGUGGGGCUGUCGGCAGUCUGUGCCUACACACUGUCCACGGUGGAGGCGGUCUUUUCCCACGGGAAGUACAUGCAGAGUGCCACUGUGGAGCAGUCACAUACCAAGUGGGUGCGCUACAAUGGCCUGGUGCCCACACCCCGGCCUGGAGCGUGCAUCGACGACGAGGCGAGGGCAGCCAACUACACCAGCUCUUUGAAUUUACCAGACAAAACGCUGCAGUUUGUCAAAGACCACCCUUUGCUGGAUGACUCAGUAACCCCAAUAGACAACAGGCCCAGGUUAAUCAAAAAAGAUGUGAACUACACGCAGAUCGUGGUGGACAGGACCCAGGCUCUGGACGGGACCAUCUAUGAUGUCAUGUUUAUCAGUACAGACCAAGGUACCCUGCACAAAGCUAUUAGCCUGGAGGGCGAUAUGCACAUUAUUGAGGAGAUCCAGCUUUUCCAGGACUCCGAGCCAGUCCAGACUCUGCUGCUGUCUUCCAAGAAGGGCAGGAGGUUUGUCUAUGCCAGUUCCAACACAAGAGUGGUCCAGGCCCCACUGGCCUUCUGCGGGAAGCACAGCAGCUGUGAGGACUGUGUGUUGGCAAGGGACCCCUACUGUGCCUGGAGCCUGCCCGCGGCUGCUUGCGUGACUCCGCACCAGGCCGAGGGCCCCAGCAGGGCUUGGAUUCAGGAGAUGAAUGGUGAUACGUCCUCAUGCCCGGAUAAAAGUAAAGAAAGUUUCCGGCAGCGUUUUUUCAAGCAUGGUGACACAGCGGAACUCAAAUGCUCCCCAAAAUCCAACCUGGCCCGGGUGGUAUGGAAGUUCCAGAAUGGUGUGUUGAAGGCCAAGAGCCCUAAGUACAGUCUUGUGGGCAGGAGAAACCUGCUCAUCUUCAACCUGUCGGAGGGCGACAGCGGCGUGUACCAGUGCCUGUCCGAGGAGAGGGUCAAGAACAAGACGGUCUCACAGCUGCUAGCCAAGCAUGUCCUGGAGGUGAAGGUGGUCCCCCGGCCCCCAGUGUUGUUCAGCUCGUUGGCUGCUCAGACAGAAGGUAGUAGGAUCAUCUCCAAGGUGUCAGCAGCAUCUACCCAGGAGUCCCCUCCUGUAACGCCAUCUGUGCGGCCCCCCUCCCCCAGGGCUGUCACCCCACCUCCCAAGCCUGGACCCACAAGCACAUCCUGUGAACCAAAGAUGGUCAUCAACACCGGCCCCCAGAUCCACUCAGAGAAGACACUGUAUCUCAAGUCCAGCGACAACCGCCUUCUCAUGUCCCUCUUCCUCCUCAUCUUCGUCCUCUUCCUCUGCCUCUUUGCUUACAACUGCUAUAAGGGCUUCCUGCCCGCACAGUGCUUGAAAUUCCGCUCCGCCCUGCUGCUUGGGAAGAAAAAGCCCAAGUCAGAAUUUUCUGACCUAGAGCAGAGCGUAAAGGAGACGUUGGUGGAGCCCGGCAGCUUCUCCCAGCAGAAUGGGGAGCAGCCAAAGCCAGCCCUGGACACCGGCUAUGAGACGGAGCAGGACACCAUCACCAGCAAAGUCCCCACGGAUAGGGAGGACUCACAGAGAAUCGAUGAGUUCUCCUCCAGAGACAAGCCGUUUGAUGUCAAGUGUGAACUGAAGUUUGCCGACUCAGAUGCAGAUGGAGACUGAGGCCCCAGCCGCGUGUUCCCACCUGAGUCUCAGUCUGUGCGUGGAGCGUUUUGUGCUUAACCUUUCAGUAGCCAAGUCUCGUCAUUGUACAGCGAACCUCAGCCCUUUGUUUUCUCGAGUUGAGCCUGUGACUUGAUCCUCUGUCCUUUUAGAAAAUGACAAGUAUCACAUCCCUAUCCUGCAGUCCCUGGAGCGCUUUAAGAUUCCCUAUGGGCAGCGGCACCGAUUUACCUGAGCCCUUUGUGUCGUGGGGUGGGGAGAUGGUGACCUCCACUGGCUGAGAAGAGUUACCCUUCCACUUCCCCUCCUCGUAGCAGCCACUAAAAGAUAAUUUAAUUCCAGAUUGGAAAUGAUGUUUUAGUUUAUCAGAUUGGUAACUUACUGCCUGUUGUCCAGAUUGGCACGAAGCUUUUCUUCCAUUUAAUUUUUUUUUUUUUUUUGCUUUGAUUGUGUUGUCUUUGGUCAUUUUUUUAAAUUACUGAAGCAGAUGUUUUAAUAUUUAGAAGAAGAUGUGCAUUUUCUAGAUUUUGUUGUAUAUUGGGAUAAAAUAUGGCUUAUGUUGCUUAAGAUUCUCAGGGAGGACUUGUUUUUGCUAAAUGCAUUCGUUCUGCUUUUAGAAAUGUAGACCUAAAACCACCUCUUGAACACACUCACCUUUUGACUUUUUACUUUAUUCUUUGAAGGAAGCAUCAUUUUCAGGCAUAUUUUCUUUACUUUUUUUCCUUUUUUGACUCUCUUCAAGAGGAGGGCUAUCCCACAUCCGUGAGGCAGGCCUUCAGAGAGGGAAGGUGGCCCGAUGACUCUGGGUGGUGAUCAGGCUGGCCCAUGAGGAGGAGCGUUUUACAAUCCCACAGCCAUGGCCGCUGGCUGAACCUCCUGUCCAGAUGGACAGAUGGAGCCUUCACAAGGACAUCGUUGGUGUCUGCCUAUCUCCUGUCUCUUCUUGCUUCUAUCUCACACCUACUGCCUGCGGGUUUCCCCCUCAGCCUCAUGGACCUGGCCACCUGGGAGAGAAGUGGACCGGGGUGGAUAGCUGCACACAGGACCACAGUCUCCCAGUGCAUGUGGCCGUUCCAGACCCACUUCUGCCACUGUCUCUAAAGAUGUGAAUGGGUGGUACGAUUUUAGCAUUCAUCUUACACUCCAUCUCCCCAGUUUGUAAAUACCCUUUAAGAGCAGACUUUUAUUCCAUGGCAAAGAGCAAUAAACUGAGUUUUUGUGUGUCUGUGUGGACAGUCUCAUCUUCAGCAUGAUGUGCUUUGAUCAUUUUGGUGAGAUCAUUUGUAUUUUCUAAGAUUUACUUUGUCUUUAUUUUUCUACUUUGAAUUGUAUACAUUUGGAAAGUAUCCGAAUAAAUGAGAAGCCUUAUUGUUGCUCUGGGCAGGCCAUUCAUUACUGAGUUACCUGUGUGGUGGCCCUCGUGGGGUGGUCUGAGGCACUUCCUUUCUUCAUCCCUGCCUGUCCAUUUCCUGCUGUGUUUCGCCUGCUCUGGCAUGGGAUGCGUUCCUGACAACUUCUUCCUCAGUUCCCUUUCUUUUCUGUCCUCUCUGUC